AAAAAUAUAGUCCGAUUAAUUAAUUAUGGGGUGGUUCAAGGCUAGUGGCAAGAAAUGGUUGACAGAAGGCUACAAAAAAGUGAUGGGUGGUUUCGUGAACACAAAACAACAAAGGUUUGGGAUAAUUGAAGGUCAUCCAGCGGCUCAAGACAUUGCUCAGGCAAAUGUUGGAGCACGUCAUACCUUAAAAGAAAACAUUAAUGCUCUCAAGAAAGAGUUCAAAAUCUAUAGAUGGAGCCCUGAUAAUCCCUCAGAAAAGCCCUUUCUCAAAUCUUACUUUAUUGAUCUUACCACUUGUGGACCUAUGGUAUUGGAUGCACUACAAAAGAUAAAAGCAGAAGAUGAUUCAACAUUGAGUUAUAGGAGGUCAUGUAGAGAAGGAAUAUGUGGGUCUUGUGCCAUGAACAUUGAUGGGACUAAUACAGUUGCAUGUUUAAAACCAAUUGAUACAGACACAAGUAAGGCUACAUAUAUUACUCCUUUGCCACAUAUGUAUGUUAUCAAAGAUCUUGUGGUUGAUCUCACCAAUUUCUACCAACAAUACAAGUCGAUUGAGCCGUGGUUAAAGACGAAAAAGCCACCACCAGAUGGAAAGGAAUAUAGGCAGUCACCAGCACAAAGAAAGAAGCUAGAUGGUUUAUAUGAAUGUAUAUUGUGUGCUUGUUGUACUACAUCUUGUCCUUCUUACUGGUGGAACCCGGAAGAGUUUGAUGGACCCGCAGCAUUGCUACAUGCUCAUCGUUGGAUUUCGGAUAGCCGAGACGACUACACAGAGGAGAGAUUGCAGGCAUUAACAGAGAACGACAAACGUUUGUACCGGUGUAGAAUCAUAAAGAAUUGUACUGCAACAUGUCCGAAAAGCUUAAAUCCAGCUCGUGCAAUUCGUCAAAUGGAUGCCAUGAAGUCCAAGAACCCGAUUUCUGCCAGCAUAGCAAGUACAGCAUGAUCUUGUGGUUUCUAAGUGGCAGCUUAAUGCACGAACUCAGAAUUAAUGUAUUUGAUAGUUCUAGUUGAAUGCACAAAUUUUAUGGACCUCCUAGUAGUGAUAUUGAGUUGUGUUUGUUCAUAUGCUCCGAACUCACUUUUGGAAAACAAUAUAAAUGGACUAAUAUAAAAGCUCUGAUAUUCUCUCUCAUUAUC